GCAAAACUAUGCUACCAGAAAUACUUAAUCUGUGUUUUGACCCCUGGAAAACGAUGGACACGCCACUUCCUUCUAAAUUUAGCCACAUUCUCGUCGGCGCUCAGUGAGCAACCAAAGCGCUGUUCUCAUGUAGUAGCUUAUGUGACCAGAAUAAGCCGCUGGUCCCUCGAGAUUGGCUGAAGCUCCGCCGCGCUCCAUUGCUGCUAUGCGGUUCGGCACGUUCUGAGGUCGCGCGACAGAGAACGCCAUCAUCAUCCGGGCAAGAAUACACGAGCCAUGGCGCAGGGGAACCAUUUCCUAAACAUCCCCAAACAGGAGGGUCUUUUCACCACUAUUAAGAGCGGUCGAGCCGGGGAGGCCCGCGAUGAUUCCCCCGUCGAUGAUGAGGAGGAGGAGGAAACCGAGGAAGACGUGCGAUUCAUACCGCGUUGCUCUCCGGUACCGAGAAAGCGAGGCCCAUCGAUUGCAGAUGAAACUGCAGAGUACAUGAGGAUUCGCCUUGCGCUUCCGAGGAGAGUGUCUUUCGCGGACGCAACUGGGGGCGAGCUGGUCGACGUGCGAGAGUUCGCCGCCUUCGACUCCGGCGACGAUGAAGACAACGCCGACUGGGAGGAAGAAGAGGCGAAGUGUCGCAGAACUUACCUCCAGCCCAUUUACCGACUGUGGCCCGAGUUCCAGGCUCGUGUGGGAAGUGACCUGACGCUCGCAGUGCACUCUAAUAAAGUGGAAGUGGAGAAAGUGAUGGCCGUGCAGGACGAUCCGCUGGCUUUCGACGUGCUUAUCUGCGUGCUUAACGUUUCUUAUCACAAAUGCGUCUACGUCCGGUCCACUACGGACGGCUGGAUCACUCACUCGGACUCAGCCGCCGAGUACGUGCAAGGUUCCAAUGACGGCGACACUGACAAGUUUUCGGCCAGGCUGUCCUUCGCCGAGCCAUAUCUCUUCAAUGGAGCGCGGAUUGACUUUGUAGUGCGUUAUGAGACGUCUGAUGGAGAGUUUUGGGCGAACAAUUCAGGCAGGAACUAUUCAGUAACCCUUGUCGUGUCCUAUGAUGAAGAGACAGCUCCAGUUAAUACGGUAGAUGACCGAGAAAUUAAAGGCAUACUGAAGCCUUCAAGAUACAGUGCAGAGGAUGACUCUGACUUCUAUCCUGACACAGAUGACGGGAAUGAGCAUAAUACAGAGAGAGGGGCAGCUGCUGAAAUUCCCUUACCUGUAUGUCCGCUGGUUGUUGAGCCGGAGAUCGACAUUGAGAUUCCUGAAGCUCUGAUUGCUCCUGCUAAAACUAAAGAAGACCCUACCCUAGCAGAAUUACCUCCUCUGAGUGCUGACAGAAAAGAUGAACAUCCUCUACAGGAUUUAACUGAAAAUCCACUACAAACAGACCAUCUAGACAAAGGCCAAGGCACAGAAUUACUGAUAACCACUGAGUAUGUCAUUUCCGUUCAUAAUGAGGCCCCAGAUAAUGACCCAACAUCUGACUCUGACAGAUAUUUUGUGCAUUCUGCCAAGUUCAACCAGCCCUUUUGCCCAAAUAUAGAAAAUCUCCAAUCAGACGUAGACAAAACUCUACCGGCCAUAUUUCCAAGCAACCAAGAUAUGGAGGAAAAUGACUCAGAAGAAUUCAAAGACCACAAAGAGAAUGAUGCAAUACAGUCCAGAGAGAAUACAGAAGCACAACUUCAAGACCAGACCAGUGAUGCAGCAGAAGUUGGUGACUCUGAAUGUUCAUUAAAAGAGCCUCAAGAAUCAACCCAGCAGUGUUCCUUAAAUGAGUCGAUCACUGCCAGUGCAAGUAAAGGAGAUUUUAUUCAUAGCGCAGGUCAUGACAUGCUGUUUGAAGAAUCACAUGAGCCCUUACUGGAGAGUCCUGAAAUGCAGAUGAUGAAACAUGACACUAUGAUCAGAAGGGAAACUAGUGGAAAGGAGCAAGCAGAUCUAAUGGUAGGGGAAGUACCAGACAUGAUUGCAUUUUGUAUGUGGCCACCAUUUGAACCAACCAACCUGGAGCAGACCAGAGAAGAACAUGUGAUCCAAAAUGUUCCUAGCCCUCCAAGAACACCAGACCCAGAGGUAACAAAAUAUCAAGAGCAAGACCAGAGGCCAGAGCCUGCGCUUUCUGUGAAUGUAGACACUCCAUAUGAGAGCACAGCACCUGAAGAAGAAAGCCCAAUGAUAACAUCUCUUUCCAGCACCACAGCUACACCCCAAUGUUUGACCACAACUGAGCAUGCAGUGACACAAAAGGGUGGAGAUGGCGAGCCUUUCAUUACACAGGAGGAACCUUUAUCCAAUGACAAUUUUGAAUUUAACUCCAAUGACCCUGCCUCAUUUCAGAAACAAGAGGGAUUAGAAAUCCAGCCUGCUCUACCCUGUAAGACCUUAGAGGAUUCUGCUGCAGAGGUCGAUGGGAUUUUAGUCACUCUGAUUCCAUCCUUUGCCUUUUUAAGUGCUACUGUCUGCUUGAUAGUUGGGUUCCAUGAACCCAGCAUCUUCCUCAUUGUGGCACUUUUCCUAGUUUCCCUCUGUUUGUAGUGGUUUGCUUUUUCUUUUUACACCUUCACAAGUGCCUUUUUCUGAACUUUAAAAAUACUACAAGUACAACUAGUCUCUUAUUAGUGUUUGUGGUGUCUACGUAGCAUAGUUAUAUAUAUUAGGCAACCAUUAUUUAUUCAGAGAGAGAGAUUUUUUUAUGCACUGCCUAUCAUUUAUGUAAUAUCACUGUGAUUAGUACUAGUGCAAAAUUGCUUCAAAGUUCAGUAUAGUACACAUUAUCAAUUGAAUAGGAUAAGUGUGGAUAAAGGUCCUUCAUCAGCUGUGCAAUCAAAAGUGGCAAUAUUGCACUAAAAUUAAUAAUUAUGUACAAUUGUAAAUAGCCAAAAAAAAGGAAAAAUUAGCUCAACAUAUUGGAGUCAUUCAGUACCUUGUAUGCCUCUUUUAGCAACUACUGCUUAACUGCUCCAUCUUUGAGCUAAUUAGGUGGCAUUGUGGGAUGUUCUCCUAUUUUCUGUGAAAUACACUCCUCAAAGCUUCUUCCUAAAGCUGUUCUACAGGACAUCCUCUCUGAAGGCAAAACCUUUAUAAGGCCCUACACUGAACCUUCAAAGGUUCUCCCAGAAGGAUAAACUGAAGAAUCUCCAAGGGUAUAACCUUUUAUUCUCAUAGUGCAAUUGCUGGGUAUAUGGACGAUAUUGUUUAUGGCUAGUUCUUGGAGGGUUAUCUGUCCUGCUACUAGGAAGCUUUGUCUGUAGUCUUGGCACUCAGUUGGCACUUAUUUUUCCUUCUUGUGACAUUUGAGACCUGAUGGAAUAUACAGAGAACCGACCACGUGUGAUCAUUGUUUCUCCUUGGCGAAUGUUGUCGUCGGCAUAGAAUCCUGGCCAUGUAAGACUUGAACAGAGAGUAAUAUAAUGAAAAGAAAGUAAUAUAUUGUUAAAGUAAGUUAUGCGUAGUUCGAUGUUCUAGAGAGAAUUUAAUUAAAAUGAACCGGCAGUGGUUUAAAUAUGGUAAGUACAUUCAGGUGAAAGGUAAUCUGUUUUCUUCAGUGUAGCAUCAAGAGACAGAAAGUGUUAGCAUGGGUUCAGGCUUUACUGACAGUGUUUACACACUAAGAGCAUAUUCACAAUAGAGACAAAGGGCAGGGUUGACCCCUAUUUUACAAAUGAAAGCAGAAUGAAUGAAUGAAUGUUGACAGUGAUUGGCUAAUGUGAUGGCAGUAAAAUAAUAUCUGCACAAUGUGAAAAAUAAAAAGAAGAUUAAAGUGUUGUUGACUUCUUAAAAGGAAACAAUCACCUAAAUCUUCAUUAAUGACUAGAUGUUUCAUUUAAUGUAUCUGCAUUUACAUUUAGAGAGCAUCGACAAAUGUACAUACUACUUAUGUAACUUCAUAUGUGGCUAUACACUAAUAAUGAAUAUAGUCAUGUUUGUAACAUGACUUCAUGCAAUGGUUUUGGUUUACUAUGAGUUUACAUGACGACCUCGACAUCAGCCAAUCACUGUUAAUAUCCCAAAAUGAGAAUUGUAAUGGAAUUGUUAAUAGCAAUAUGGAGAGGGCAUUUAUUGUUUCAGGAAUAAAAACAUGACUUGAAGAUGGUACUUACACUUCAUGUUCACUGUAACUGCAAUUUCUGUGUGGCCAAGUAGCAAAAAUCGAUGUGAACUCUGAUCACCAGCGAUACUGCUUUGCUUACUAGGUGAUGUGAUUUUUAAGCUUGCUGCCAUUAAUUGUAUGAAAAGCAUGAUCUUGACUGCAUUGUUAAAUUGCAGAAUGUUUGUGACUUUAUGUAAGCUACAACCAAGCAGAACUCACAAAUAAACACUGGCCGAUAACUAAG